GUUGACGGCGGCGGGUUCCUCCUGCGUGGGGGCUGCUUCGCAUUGUGCGAGGCGGGGACUGUUUGGGCCGCCGCUGCCCUUCGGAGACAGCGGCAACAUCAUCAGUCAAGGGAGGAUGAAGAGUGUGGACGAGGAGGAGGAAGGGAUUCCAGCCCCUUCAGCGCGCGCCCACCGCACUGCUCUGAGUCAACCUAGUGGAAGAAUGUGAUUAUCUGCAUAGGAAGAGCUACUACAGCGGUAUUCCUUUCAACCUGACUAAUGACCAACACUUGUGCAGAAAAACAGCAAAAAAGGCAAAUAAGUUUUCACUGACUGUGGAAUGCAUGGGCAAGGCUGAGAAUGAUCAGGCUAAGAACUGCUUGAAAGAGUUGGCUGCAAACAGAAGAGCCAGUUGUGAAGGCAUCCGUCGAGCAUUUGGAAUGUUUUCUGUUCGGUAGCAUUAAGGAGGAAGAGGCUACUGUAGCUUCAACAGGUGCAAGGCUAAACAUAAUAGCCAUCUCAGCUUUUGACAUGAAGAAAGACAUAGAUGCCUUUAUAGCAGAGGAAAGAGCAGAAAUCAUUGCUAAGUAUGAGAAGGGAAGGCAAGAAGGGGCUCAGAUUGAUCCAUGGGAAGAUGCUGACUUCACUCUCUACAAAGUUACAGACAGAUUUGGGUUUUUGCACGAGCAUGAACUACCAACCCGCAGUGCUCUGGAGGAGAAGCAAAAACUUCAAGAGAUUGAAAGAGUGGACAAAUGGCUGAAAAUGUUAAAAAAGUGGGGAAAAUACAGAAACAGUGAAAAGAUGUUUCGAAGAGUUUAUAAAGGGAUUCCCCUCCAAGUGCGAGGCCAGGUCUGGUCACUCUUGCUGGAUGUUGAAAAGAUUAAGAUGGAGAAUGAAGGAAAGUACGAGAAAAUGAAAGAACAAGCCAAGGGUUUCUCAUCAGAAAUCAAGCAGAUAGACCUGGAUGUCAAUCGCACCUUUCGAAACCACAUCAUGUUCCGGGAUCGCUAUGGGGUGAAGCAACAAGCGUUGUUCGAUGUCCUUUCCGCCUACUCAGUUUACAACACGGAAGUGAGCUACUGCCAGGGAAUGAGUCAGAUUGCAGCUAUCUUGCUGAUGUAUCUAAAUGAAGAGGAUGCCUUCUGGGCACUGGCACAACUACUUACCAACCAGAGGCAUGCAAUGCAUGGGUUUUUCAUUCCUGGAUUCCCAAAGCUACAGAGAUUCCAAGCCCACCAUGAAGCAAUCUUAAACAAACUUUUUCCGAAGCUGAAGAAGCACAUGGACAAGGAACAGAUGUCUACAGGGAUUUAUACAACUAAGUGGUUCCUGCAGUGCUUCAUUGACAGGACUCCAUUUACUUUAACCCUGCGGCUAUGGGAUAUCUACAUUCUGGAAGGAGAGAGAGUUCUGACAGCCAUGGCCUACACCAUCCUUAAAUUGCAUAAAAAGCGCUUGUUGAAAAUGACCCUGGAAGAUCUAAGGGAAUUCCUCCAGGAAAAAACUGCUGCUUCCUUGCAGUUUGAAGAUGAUAUUGUAAUUGAGCAAUUGCAAGCAUCCAUGGCUGAACUGCGCAAAAUGAAAUUUGACCUUCCACCCCCAGCAAAAUCUGAAGAAUUCCCCAAGAAACCCUUGGGGCUGGAUCUCUCUUUAAAUCUGGUGUCCGUGAAGCCCAGUGUUGCAGCUAACGGCCAGAAAAAUGCUGUCAGUGACCUCAACGAAGACAAAGAUGGUGUAAUACAACCUUCUCCAGAUAAAAGCCCUCUUCACCUGAAUGAAAUGAUUGGUAAUUCAAAUAUGGCAAUUCAUGAGAGACAACCCAAUGGACCACCCUUGCAAGCCGAACCAGCUGACCUGCACCACAAUCCAUUCCAGAAUCAUCAGCCAAGCCAAAUGUUUGAAAUUGAAGAGCAACAAGUGGAAGCCAGUGCCAAUAAAAAACCAUCAGAGGAUAAUCCUGCAGUGCUGGAUGAGAUCCAGGUUACUGGAGAAAGUCCAGGUGUGCCUACAGCCAGUAAGGAGGCUGAUUCAUUAGAGAGCAGCAGAAGAGAGGAAAGCAACCCCUCUCUUUCUAUAGAUGACAAGGACCAUGUUGUUUCCCGGGUUCUACAAACUGAGACCGGUGGCAUGUCAAUGGACAGCUCUCUGUGGGAGCCUGUCUUGCAGAGUCACACCCUAGAGGCAGACCCUUCUGUCAGUCACAAUGAUGCAACAUCAUUAUCAGGGUCGGAGUCGCCCCAUCAAGUGCCAUUGCUUUCAUCCCUUGAAGACCAAAGGUCUUCGGAAUCGCCAUCAUCUGUGCAAAAUGCAGCAGCUCUUCAACAUGGGAGCACCACCUCAUCCUCUGAAGAUUUAUUAUCUGAAGAUGCUACACUGCUUCUAGGUCACCAGUGCCAGCCUCCAAGUACAAAUUCUUCUUCUACACCAGGGCGCAGCCUGUCUACAACAUGUGACUUGCCAGAAAGCACAGUAGCUCCAUGUACAGUCAAAGUACUUGCUGCUCUUUCUCUUCCAUUCCAGGAUGGACAACGACGGCCUUCUAAUGCAUCUCAAUAUGACAACCUGUCUGAAGAUGAGGAUGGGGAAGAGAAAACUCCCACAAAGGUGUCCAGUUCUAAGAAACUGGAAAUUUUGUUAACACAGACUGAGCUCUGUGCUCCAGCAUUAAAGCGUACAAUGCCUAAGUCUGCUUCAGUUGGGGAGAUGGACAAUCUGCAGAGGCAAACUUGGGAAAUGGUAGAUUUGGUACAGCAGCCGAAAAGACUUGGCCAGCCCACCUCAUUCACCACACUGUCCCAUCCCAAGAGACUAUCUGGAGGAGGCAGUGUGCCUGUUUUAUCUGAGCCAGAUUGUGAUGUACUCUUGCUGUCAGAAGGCUUCCAUGCCCGGCCCACUUCAUCCCCAGUGUUGCAGGAGCAGCACAGCCCCUUCAGAAUAGUAAAGACCACCACCCCUCUUCACUUGGCUCAUGCUACAGAGCAAGACUUCUUGAGCCAAAAGCAAGUGGCUCUGCCUUUGCCAGAGGCUGCUGACCACGAUGCAGCUGGUAGUGACAAACUUGUUCCUGCAGCUGUGGAAGCUGAGGAGGGUGAAGCUGCCAGUGACUGUCUUCCAAAGUCAAUAAACGCUUUGGGUGGCUCACCUGCCCUUCAAAGGCCAAAGCCAAAACUACCACCCAAGGUUUUCAAGACUUAUUCAGAUAACCAUUUCUAUUUAGGCUGCCCUCCCAUGCCAAAAAUGUCUAAAUCAGUCACAUUCUAAUAGAACUGAGAAAGAGGAGAUUAAGGUUACACGGUGUUUGUUCAUGAGAGAUUGGAACAAAAACGUGCAGCCUAAUGCAAGACCAGGGAAGCAAUUACAUUGCCACUCAUGCUGUGUCCAAGAAUUCAGGAUGACACUUAGAAUUCAGGCCGGUCUUCAGGAGACCUUGCCUGUGAAUGGAUUCUUUAAAAAUGUGGGGGGUCUCCUCUUCAGACAGCUCCCAAAGUGCUUUUGAAUCUUGCUUUUCAUAUCUCCUCCCUCACAAUUGGGUAGAUAUCUAACAGAUUUAACCUGGCAAAAUCAUUUGUACUGUUCCAAACCCUUAUAGACAAAAAAUUAAGACCAUUAGAACAAGUGAGAUGGAAGGAGUGUUUGAGGAAGUAGGAGACUACUCAAUUACGGAUUUGGGCCAGUAGUAGCACAUUUUUCCAUAGCAAUAGUGUUGUUGUUUUUCUGUUUCAGCCAAUAUAGUUCUGUAAAUGAGGCUAUGGAUGCUUCAUGCCAGGGAAAUUAGCUUUCACAGCAUCUAUGCAAUAUCCAGCACACAUUGCUUGUGUGUGUGUUCUUGUGCAGUAAAAACAGGCAAUUCAGCAAGCCUGGUCUUAGUUCUUUAGCUCCCUCACUCGUUUGCAAUGGUGAGGUUUCUCAAAGAUUAGUAAAAUAUCCCAUGCAGAGGAAUGAUUUUUCAUUCAGUUGAGCUACAUAAUGUGCUACAUAGAAAGCAAGGGUCAUUGCUGAGGGAAGCCAAGUUGAUCUAGAUUGCAUGCCAGUCACCAGCAUUGUGCCAAUGUGCUGAAUCCCUAACAGCUUUGUGUGUUGGAAGGAUGGCAGUAGCAGACAGAAAAAGAGGUGUAGCAAGGUCUCUACAUUCAGCAGGGUUUGCUUUUUGUCUGCAGAUUCUGGAAGUGAGCUGGCUCACAACUCUGCAAGUGAGUAAAAGGAAGCGAUAGUGAGAGGCUGUGCACUUCAGCAGGAACUAGAAGUGCCUGGGCUGGUAUUUGGCUGUAGCUGGUAAACCACGUGAGUACCAUGGGAUCAACACUAAAUGAUCACCAUGCCCAGUUUCAGUUGUUGGAAAGCAUCUUGAGCCCAAUCCUUUGUAUGUUAACUUGCAAAGUUUACUCAAACAUGUCCCACCAAGUGUACAUAGCAUUGCUUUCCUAGAGCCUUGAUGCCACCAUUCUUUGCAUUUUGCUGACCGCGCACAAAUCGCGCAGUGGCCAAGGCAGAAAGCAUAAGUUUACAAGCUAGUCUUUCCUAAGCACUUAAGAGGUGCUUUAAAAAUGCAGGUAUUACCAAAAACUUAGCUUUAAAAAGGAAAUUACUCAAGGCCUGGUUCUUCAGAUAGAAGUUUGUUGUUAUUGGAGCUUCUCAACUGCUGCUUGGCAUGAAAAAAAUGCUCAAUCUUUUCUCCAGUCCUCAAGGUUGAAUUGCUAUAGUAAAAGUUAUGCAGGGGCUGUUAUGAAUCUGUGUUUGCAUCCACACGUUUUAAUGGAUUGUCCAGUUUCUCUCUAGAAUUGAGAGAGUUAAAACUGAAAUGGAGCCCCAUAGCAGGCAAUUUGAGCUUCCCUUUAUCAUGCACAGGGAGAGACUACCUGAGCAUAGAACAGAGAGCCAGGAACCCCUUUUCUGAACUCACUUCAGCUUCCUUUAUAGCGUUAGGGAAGCUUGCAUAAUAUCUUGCCUGCCCACUCCUAUCAUGCUUAAUCCUUAUCUCACAGGGUUGUUUUGAGGAUUAAUGAGUAGUUAAUAAUUGCAGUGCUCAUGGAGGAGGAGAAAGAGUAAAGUCAUUGCUAAAUGGGGGUGGUCAGAAACCCCUCACAAGGAAGGACAAAGCUCAUACUUGAGUGGCGUUUUAUGUGUUACAUCCUUAUCUGUUGCACCAUUGCUGAAAAAUCAACCAUCUCUGUGUAUAUCAACCCUUCCAGGAUAGGAUUUUAAGGCUAAAGAUUAACAGCCUUUGUUUUGCUCAUUGGCUUCUAGAGCACAUUGAAACAAGCAGAAGUUUUCCUCAAAGUGCGCACAGCUCCUGUUUGUUUUAUUUGGAGUUAAACUUAAUAGGGACAAGAUGGGGUCCUGUUCAGCCAAGCUGCCUCAUUCAUUCUGCCAGCCUGACUUUUCUGUCCUGUAUCUCUCUGUACUUGUAUCUCCUUUAUUUGUCUAACAAGAUGGGAUCAGGCACUCAAGAGUGAUUAAGGUAAUCCUAUAAUACAUUCUUUUCAAAGAUACUUGUCUAGGGAUUUUUCACAGCUGGCAAAUGCACAUCCUAGUAACGCCUACUACCCCACAGAAAGGACAGCUAAUGGACAAUAUAUGCUCUGAUCAGUUGAAGCAGGUGAGCUGUGGAGUUAGCUUAAAACAGAAAGAAAGCAAGGUCAGGCCCCUGAUAAGCUCCUAGAGCAUUGCACAUCAUAAACUAGGGGUGGCCCUAAUUAAAAUUUAAGAUUUUUUUUUAAAAUUAAUGCCUGUAUUCUUUCUAGUGUCACAUUGUUCCUUAUACAAAUCCAGACAAUGCCUGGCUUUAAAAUGUCUGUUUUCUGGAGUUCAUGGUAUUGCUAACUUGGAGAAAAAUCUGUUACACUUAUGAGGAAGGAUAUGGUUCAGAAAUAGAUCAGUGUGAUGGGAAGCUGCAGUGCCUAUCUAUGUGCAAAUAGUUUAAUUCAGGCAGCAGAACCAACUUGGCUUGUUCUUUUGUGUUCCUGCUCAUCUCUGCGCACAUAACUACUGCAGACUUCCAAAGAACUGCACAGGAACAACAAGGGGUGCAUCAGAACAAAAUGAAUUGCAAAAGCGCAGGCUCUGGACCAAAUAUAAUCUGAGAACGAGUCAUUCUCCCCCAGUCCAUAUGUUUGCCUUUUGGAUUCUCAUUCCUGUCAGUAAACGUAUUUCAUGUCAGUGGACAAUAAGAAGGCAGCUCUGCAUGUUGGAGCGUUUCCCUUUCUCUUGGUCUAAACUGGAGCAUUCUUGUCUCUCCCGACCUCUAUACAGUCUCUUUGGUCACAAACUGGUGACGUUAAAGUAGGUGCUGCUUUUAAGGGCUUUCGUAUGGCUCUUUGGUUGCCUUUUCCUCCCCAAGUGCUGUACUCCCUCAAGUCCUCCCACAGAAAUAAUAAUAUGCAAAAGGGGACCAAAAAAACCACUGUCCCUAUUCGCAUGUAAUGGUGGCAAAUCAUGGGUUAAUUAACCCACAGCACGUGCCCGGUGCAUGCUGCCACCAUUCUAAAUAUGCAAUUGUCAAUUGGCCCAAUCAGAGGUUGCUCUAUGACAUCUGAACCUGGACACUAUGACAGGCAUCCUCUGCAGAACGGGAAGAGCACAGAGGCAAUCGUCGCCUCUGCAGUUCUCCCAUUCUGCAUUUUUGCUAGAUGGAUGUUUUGGCCCAUCUAGCUAGGGUUCUGCAGAGCGAGAGGGAAGGAGGCUGGGGAUAACUUGCAGCUCUGCCUCCCUAGUCCCCCUCUGGCAGAACUGCCCCCUUUCCCUCCUCUCCAGGAUCACUUUUGCAAGGGAGAGGGGAGCUCAAAUCCAGGGAUCCAAACUAUUCUAUGGGGUAUAGGAUUGCUCUCUUAAGCUAAUUAACUCACAAUUUGCCACUGUUAUGUGUGAACUGGGUCACUGGAGAGGAGGAGGCAUCUGUGGUGCUGCCCCUUCCUUUCUGUUUUUGGGAUUUUUUAAAAAAUGUAACCUCCAGUACAGAUGUAAGGGAACAUUGCAACAGUGUCGAAAAUUGAGAUGAUGUUUAAAAAAACAAAAAAAUCUCUUGCACCACCAUCCUGCAUCUAACAAUAUGUAUCCACAACAUUAACUCCCACAUUUCACACUAUUACCUUAAUUCUGAUUUAUUGCAUCAUCAGCUGACCAGAAUCACAUUUUCCCAGCAACAAAAUAUUCAUAGUUGAAUGCUCAGAAAAUGUGAUGUCCCUGCAUCAGAAGUUCUACUACUUUGAGGGAAAAUAUUAACCUCCAGAACAAAAGGAAUUAACAGUGUAUGCAUUGCUCACUAAAUUCAUCAUGCAAGGCUGUAAGGCAGGGGUGUGCACCUUAUAGCCCUCCAGAUGUUUUGGCCUACAAAUCUCGUCAAGCCCUUGCCAUUGGUCAUUCUUGCUCUGAGGCUCUCAACUUUUCCUUUGAUGGAAUAUUUGCUAGAAUAUAACUUUGAGCUGAUGCCAAGGGAGCUCUUAAACAACAGUUUUUGGCUGGGUUUGCUGUGGCAUUUUGGUCCAUGGAAGAUUUGUCUCCGCAUGCAAUCAAAAGAUGCAGGAUUCUUUGGUCAUCUAGUCUCCUUGAAACACAACAAGAUCUUGAAAGUUUCUGUCAUUUCAUCAACCUGCAUUUAAAAAAAAGAAAAAGAAAAGUGAAUCCCAAGCGAGAAACAGCCUUGGCGUCUUUCUCAAGGCAUGACACUUGCUCUGUAAUGUUAAUUAAGCCAAUAACCUGAGCAACCCAGAGUUCACCACGCAAAAGCUCUCAAUAGAGAGUUUCAAGAGAUUUGAAUGAUGGGUAAGGUUGACUGGGGAAACCUCUAAUUGGCUCCAUGGUCCUAUCCAAAGUAAGGCAGAUGCCAUCUAGAGGACAAGACAGGAUUUCCACCCAUUUGUUCGUGCAUUAGGGGUGCCACUGUCUUAUUUACAUUAGGAAUGCAAAAUGUAGUUUUACAUAGAGGCUUUAGCUACACUGCAUAGCGUACUACGAAAAGGCUUUCAGAUAAUAAUAGUUGUGCAGGUGCUAGUAAAACCUGAAUGAACUAGAUAGUAACUAGUAUUAGAUGUCUUUAAAAUGUAGCAUUUUCCUAGCAAUAUAGCCGCCAAAGUAAAAAUUUAAAACUGGUGUUAAGCCUUCCCAGUAUAGUCUCUGUGCCAGAGGAUGGUUAUAGUUCAUAGGUGCAGCAUUCUCCAACAUGCACAAUGUUCUCGUAUUAAAACCUGGAUGGAAGCAAAUUCAAACAGUUUCUGAAUCAUCAGUGCUUUUCCUGCAUUAUCUCCGCACUUAUUGUCUAAAUCCUGCUUCAUCUGGGGAAUUUGUGGUCAAGCCCAUGCAAACAUCCAGACCCCCUUCUCCACCUGUGACCUGUUCCAACGCUGCUAUUGCAAAUGGAAGAUGGGGAUACGGGCAGAGUACUUUCUCUCCUAUGAUGUCCUACUCCCUCCCACACAUACCCUUUAAUUCAACCAGCAUAUUCCAUGGAGAUUGUACUGGCACCAAAUCAAAAGUCCAGCGUCCACUUUAGAAUAAUGAAUUCUAAAGUGGACUGGAGUACUAAAGAAUUCAGUUGAGAUGCCUGGAGAAUGAAAAGAGGAUUAGGCCGUGCCAGAGAGUAAAAUAGCCUCUGAGUAGGAUGCAAGCGGAAACCAGUACAGCAUGACUUAUGUGGAAAGGGUGUUCUCUCUUAAGUAGAGGCGGUGAUGUUUCAUCACUGCACCUUUAUUAAGUUGUGUCCCGCUUCCUGGGUUUUCUCAUCUGGAGAUGAUCUGUCAAGAGUUAGAAGAGGAGCAACUUUUGCUUAGUAUUCUGGCAGUUUUUGAGAUGUUAUUUGAUUUACAUAGUACCCUUGUACAAACUAGAUUGCCAUAUGCAGGAAGCUACUUGGAUUUCAGCUUUGUCUAGCUUAGGCUCUGUGUUACAUGAAAUUUCAAGAGGUAAAUACUUUCCACUUUUGGACAGCAAAGUGUUUACCCACUUCCAAUUGAGACAUAAUGAGCUCUACAGCGGUUGGUGGUGUAUUUGUUUUGUUCUGAUGCUAUUCUUUCCCUUUCGGGAUUCACCACCCUUUGGUCUAUGAGCAGACUCCAAUAUCUGCCUUGAACUAUGCUUGAGCUUGGUGAAGAACAACUUGACCUGCCCUUCAGCAAAUAAUAUUGAGUGGCACCUACAGAACAUUCCUACGUAGGGGAAACAGAGCCAGUAUUAUUUCAGGAACUCAGGAAAAUGACUCCCCCACUGGAUCCCCAAAUGGGGUGUGUGUAGCCGAGAUGUAUUUCGUUUUAAGGUCCAGUGUUAACUAGGAGUUGGAUCAGAUCCAACCCUCUGAGCAACGACAGUGCAGUCUCUGGCAGGAAUUCAGCACGGGGGGUUCUGGAAACUUUCCCAUUGUUGAAACUUGUAGACUCUGCAAUUCAGUACAUUGGUCUUUUUUGUGCACUUUGAUAGCUCUGCUGCCAUUGUCCUUUUUUAAUUUUAUAUUUUAAUGCUAUUCUUGUUUACACUUUCAAGAGCUUAUUCUGUAACUAUGUAUUGUAUUAUUGCUUUCAUACAUUUUUAUGUACAUGCUUGGGGUGGGUGGGUAAAGGGGUACAGAGAGCAGAACAAAAACCAUUCAUUUUUUAAAUUAUCCAAACGGAUUGUACAUAGUGUUUAAAUGCUGUGUUUUACAUGGUUGUAAUAACAGUUAAAAUUUAGCACAAACUGCUGCAACUGGAGUACAUAUUUGACAUAUGGAAA